AUGAUGCUCAAACGAAUUUCUGUACUUUCAGUACUUCAAUUGGUCUCGGUGAUUAUUUUUUGCGUAGGGUUUUUCCCUCAAAAGAAAGUUUUAAAAGGUGAUAAUGAUUUCGUAAUAGAAAGAGAGUUUCAAACGGGUUCAAAACCUACUUUCGAUAAAUUCGUUCUGGUUAUAGUAGAUGCACUACGUAGCGACUUUAUCUUUGAUAAAGUGAACUCCAACUUCACAUUUGUGCAUUCGCUAUUAAAUAGCGGCGAGGCGUGGGGAUAUACUGCUUAUUCAAACCCGCCAACUGUUACAUUACCAAGGCUUAAAGGUAUCACGACAGGCUCAACUCCGAAUUUUUUGGAUGCGAUUUUGAAUGUAGCUGAAGAUGACUCAUCUUCCAACUUGAAUGAACAGGAUUCAUGGCUCAGUCAGCUAUCCAGUCGCGGCAAAACAAUAAGGUUCUUUGGUGAUGAUACAUGGCUCAAGCUAUUCCCAUUGGAAACUUUCCAGCAGUAUGAUGGUACAAAUUCGUUCUUUGUGAGUGAUUUUGAAGAAGUUGACCACAAUGUUACAAGACAUCUGCCGGAGCAACUAGCCCAUCAAAAUGACUGGGAUGUCCUUAUACUGCACUACCUUGGGCUAGAUCAUAUUGGACACAAGGGUGGUCCAAAAUCUCAUUUUAUGCCAUCGAAACAUAUUGAAAUGGAUGCUAUCGUAAAGCAGAUCUAUGAAAGUGUUGAUGAUCGAACAUUGAUUUGCUUAAUGGGAGAUCACGGUAUGAAUGAUGUGGGCAAUCAUGGCGGUUCUUCUCCAGGUGAAACUUCAUCAGGGAUGGUCUUGAUGUCAAAAAAGCUGAAAAACUACGACGUUCCCAUCAGACAAGCAAAUGUGAAUAUACCAAUUGAACUUUCUGACCCACAAAGUUACGCAUAUUUGACACCUAUACAGCAAGUGGACUUUGUUCCCACAUUGGCAGCUCUUUUGAACAUUCCUAUCCCAAAAAAUAGUGUUGGUGUCAUAAUGUCUGAUAUUUUACAAUUAUUGGAUCCAAAACUGGCAACUGUCAAAAUCAAGGAAAAUUACCAUCAAUUGAACUAUAUGCUGAAUAAGGGCAUUGGAAAACAGCUAAGCAUCCAACAUGAAGAUAUUUCGGGCGUAAUAGAAACGAUGAAAGACAUUCAAAUGGAUUUAACCAGAGCUGCCACAAAUUAUAAUUAUGCUUACUUGAAUAUAGGCACUGUUACCAUGUUAAUAGUCACCUUUAAUGUUUUAUUUGUUGGGUACAAAAAAAUGAAGCACGCGCCAUCUUUUACAUUGAUAGUAUUGAUAUCAGCUAUUUUAGGUUUUUCAACUUUUGGAAGUAGCUUGGUCGAGGAAGAACACCAAAUAUGGUGGUGGAUAGUCUGUGGCUUGAUUUUAUUAUCAUCUAUCAUAGUACCGGAUAAGUUCAUGGCUCACAUUUCUAUAUUGAUCUGUGUUAGAUUGAUUCGUGGUUGGAAUAAUAGCGGUCAAAAACAUAUCUAUGAUGAUGUGACUUCGGAGGUCUUAAGACAACACUCAACGCUUAAAUGGUAUUUAAACCUGAUAACUAUAAUUAUUCUGGGCUUACAAGGAUCAGCAAGUGAUCCAUUGAGGUUCGUAACAGCAUUCCUGCUCUCUGCAUUAUGUUUUACGUACAAAAUAAGCUGGGCUAUAGUGAAUAGAGAAGACGUUCCGUCGUGGAUGUAUAACCUGGCUCGUGAUUUUUGUUUGCGAUUUGUACCACAAAAUGAGGGAAAAGAAGCCAUGAAGGCGGCCCUUGUGCCUCUAGCCCAACUUUUUUUUCAGUGCUUUUGUGUCAUUUUCUUAAUCAGACUCAUCAGUAUCAAGCUGAAUCUUUCAAGAAAAAACACGGUCAUGGAGCUCAGCAGAUAUAUUUCCAUUUUAGCGAUAUUCCAGUCUCCAACCUCAAAUAUAGGACUCUUCCUCGUAUUCCAUAUUCUAAAACAUCUAAUAUCGAAUCUGAUCGUCACACGCUAUGACUCAAAUGUCUAUUUUAUCAUCAUAGUAUCGUUAGUCAUGCAGUACUUUACCUUUUUCCAGUUUGGAGGUACCAACUCAAUCGCAACCGCAGAUCUUUCUAACGCUUACAACGGCGUAUCUGAGAACUACAACAUAUACUUUGUCGGACUCAUGAUGUGCGUUUCCAAUUUCGCUCCUACUAUCUACUGGUCAGCUUUUAAGUGGCCCCUCCUCUACACACACUCCCAUAAGUAUAGGAAUUUCGCAAAAUACCAAUUGGUGAUUUUAAUCUUCAACUGCACCUACGGAACUUGUCUAGUAGCUGCGUGCUACCUGUUGAGAUUUCAUCUUUUUAUCUGGAGCGUUUUCAGCCCAAAACUUUGCUACUUUGCGACCUGGAACAUAUUCAUGAGUGUAAUAAUUGGCUGGAUUAUUGAAUUAUUGGUAGUAUAG